UUCCCACUAUGUGACUACGUAACUAUUGAUGUAUACACUUUUAUUGAUUUUUAAAACCUCUCCCCCCUUCAUUAAUUACCUACAGCUACCCUUAUUAUCGCUUCCUCCACUCUCCCCUCCACCACAACCUCCAUGCUCCCUGCUCCCUGCUACCUCUACCUCCACCCUGCCUUCCACCGCUACCUCGUGUCACCUAACCCUGCUCUUCCUUUCCCCUCCUCCAGGGAACGGAGAUGCUGGUGAUGCCGUUGGUGAUCAUGGGACUGGUGUCUACCAUCGGAGGGAUGCUGACCUUCCGCCUGCCGGAGACGCUGCAGCAGAAGCUGCCUAACAGCAUGGCAGAGGGCGAGAGCUUCGGUCAGGACUUCACUUGGAGGGACUGUUGGGCUUGUGUCCCUCAGAAGAAGAAGAAUUACGACCUGACCAAUGACUUCGAAGACGACAGAGAGGUGGAGGAGAUAAUCAGUGUGGAGAGCCUGGGGGGUGGGCGAUCCUCUGGAGGUGUGCUGGGCGGUGGGCGGACCAUUGGUGGUGGUUGUGGAGGGGACGGAGUCAGCGAGGCCACCCCCCUGCGGAGGUUGGGCUCCAGAACCCGGUCCUUGAUGCGGCAAAGCAGCGUCAUGGACACCCCCAUCAUCACUGACUCUGCAGGAGCCAUGAAAAUGACCUUCUGGGUGUAGUGGGUGGGUGUAGGUGUAGCGGGUGGCUGUAGAUGGGUGCAGUGGGUGGGUGCAGGUGUAGCAGGUGGCUGCAGGUGGGUAUAGUGGGUAGGUGUAGAUGUAGUAGGUGCGCAUGUAUUCUGCGAGGCCUCAUACGCUACCAGAUAUUACACAUCCCUAACUGCCUUGCUCACACACCCAGAAAACAUAUCCCAGGUACCUGCACACCCCUGAGUGCCUCACACACUCAGAAAACACUUCCCAGGUACCUGCACACCCCUGAGUGCCUCACAAACUCUGAAAACACUUCCCAGGUACCUGAACACCCCUGAGUGCCUCACAUACUCAGAAAACACUUCCCAGGUACCUGCACACCCCUGAGUGCCUCACACACUCAGAAAACAUCUCCCAGGUACCUGCACACCCCUGAGUGCCUCACAUACUCAGAAAACACUUCCCAGGUACCUGCACACCCCUGAGUGCCUCACACACUCAGAAAACAUCUCCCAGGUACCUGCACACCCCUGAGUGCCUCACAUACUCAGAAAACACUUCCCAGGUACCUGCACACCCCUGAGUUCCUCACACACUCAGAAAACACUUCCCAGGUACCUCAACACACCUCUCACACUUCUAAGACCUUCGUCCCUUGUGAGGGCGGCCCUACAGCCGAGAUUGGGUGCAUGAAUGUAGAACAUUCACAAUACACUAGUGAGUGUCAAUGUGUAGCAAUUACUUAACAGCUCGGGCCAUAGAAAGUGUUUAGAGAGAGUAAAAUUUAAUGCUUUUAUGAAACUGUGAACUAUGUUAAAUUACAAAUUGGGAUGUGGUUGAAGUGGUAUGAUUAUUUUGGUAUGAUUGAAAUGGUGUGGUUAUUGUGGUGUGGUUGAAAUGGUGUGGUUAUUGUGGUGUGGUUACUGUGGUGUGGUUACUGUGGUGUGGUUACUAUGGUGUGGUUACUGUGGUGUGGUUAUUGUGGUAUGGUUAAGUGGUGUGGUUACUGUGGUGGGUUGAAUGGUGUGGUUACUGUGGUGUUGCUACUGUGAUGUGGUUAUUGUGGUAUGAUUGAAAUGGUGUGGUUAUUGUGGUGUGGUUACUGUGGUGUGGUUUACUGUGGUGUGGUUAUUGUGGUGUGGUUAUUGUGGUGUGGUUACUGUGGUGUGGUUAUUGUGGUGUGGUUACUGUGGUGUGGUUAUUGUGGUGUGGUUACUGUGGUGUGGUUACUGUGGGUGAUUACUGUGGUGUGGUUACUGUGGUGUGGUUACUGUGGUGUGGUUA